UGUUGGGAAGAUCAGAAGCUAGAGUCAUGGACGACCAGCGCGACCUUAUCUCCAACAAUGAGCAACUGCCCAUGCUGGGCCAGCGCCCUGGAGCCCCUGAGAGCAAGUGCAGCCGUGGAGCCGUGUACACAGUCUUCUCCGUCCUGGUGGCUCUGCUCCUGGCUGGCCAGGCCACCACCGCCUACUUCCUGUACCAGCAGCAGGGCCGGCUGGACAAACUGACGGUCACCUCCCAGAACCUGCAGCUGGAGAACAUGCGCAUGAAGCUUCCAAAGCCUGCCAAGCCUUUGAGCCAGAUGCGCAUGGCCACCCCGCUGCUGAUGCAGGCGCUGCCCAUGGCAGGCCUGCCCCAGAAGCCCAUGCAGAAUGCCACCAAGUAUGGCAACAUGACAGAGGACCAUGUGAUGCACCUGCUCCUGAAUGCUGACCCCCUGAAGGUAUACCCGCCGCUGAAGGGGAGCCUCUCGGAGAACCUGAAACACCUUAAGAACACCAUGCAGACCAUGGACUGGAAGGUCUUUGAGAGCUGGCUGCACCAUUGGCUCUUGUUUGAAAUGAGCAAGCCCUCCCUGGAGCAAAAGCCCACUGAGGCUCCACCAAAAGAGUUACUGGAACUGGAGGACCCAUCUUCUGGGCUGGGAGUGACCAAGCAGGAUCUGGGCCCAGUCGCCGUGUGAGAACGGCAGAGGUGGUCUCCAGCAUCCCACCGGCCCUGCACAGCCACAGCUUUCUUGCUCCCUUUGGCCCCCAGCCCCUCCCCCAUCUCCCACCCUGUACUUGUCCCACGAGACCUGGUGCCUGGCUCUCUGUCACCCCUGGACAUGACAAACCAAGAACAUCAGAUAAUGAUGCAGCAGGGCUCUGCUGCCCAAUCUCCAUCUGUCAACAGGGGCGUGAGGUCCCAGGAGGUAGCCAGAAGCUAGACAGAUACCACAGCAGCCUCCGACACGGGACUCCGAGAUCUAGGCCCAUGGAUGAGGUGGGAAGGCACAGCAAGAACGGAUAACUCUACCCCCAGACCCCAGGCUGGACAGGCUUGCUGUUCUCUCCCCUCCGGCCUUUCGCCUCAGCUUUCCUAGCCUAUCUACCUGUAGGCCGAGCCACUCUCUUCCCCUUCCCCCCAUCACUCCCCAAGAAAGAGCCAAGAUUCCCUACCCAUAAUCCUUUCUGCUGACCCCUGGUUCCCUCUGCUCAGUCAAGCUUGUCAUCAGCUCUCAGGGCCAUAGCUCAUGUUAGAAUAAAAAGUAGUAAGUAGAA